AUGCUUGAUAGCCAAGUUGUAUGCACCGAGGAUCAUGUAACCAAGACUCUGAACUAUCUUGAGAUGAGUCCUUCAAGUGUCUUGAAGACCGGACCAUAUGGUAGCUCUUUCAAACCCCACUCACUCAGCCCUGGCCGGAUAUUCUCCAAUGAGCCAUCCAAAGCCAAGCUGGACCCUUUUGGUGGUGCAUUGAGUCCGUGGGACUGGACCAAGAAUCAGACAGCCAUGGAGCACUUCAAUCAGCGAGCCAAAAGGAAGCCCUCAAUGAAGGCCGGUCGUACCAAGAAGAUCUUUGGAUGGGGGGACUUUUAUUUCAACAUCAAGACCUUGAAAUUUAGCCUCCUUGUGACGGGCAAGAUUGUGGAUCACAUUAAUGGUACCUUCAGUGUCUAUUUCCGACACAACUCCUCCAGCCUGGGCAACGUCUCGGUGAGCAUUGUGCCACCCACCAAAGUUGUAGAAUUCGAUGUCUUGGUUCCUCCUAUCCCCACCCAACAUCUCCAGUCCACCUUAGCUGAGCCGAAGGAAUCCAAGACCUUCAAUUGUCAUGUGGAGUAUGAGAAGACCAACCGGGCACGCAAGAAUAAGCCCUGCUUGUAUGAUCCAUCCAAGAUCUGUUUCACUGAGCAUACACAGAGCCACGCAGCCUGGCUCUGUGCUAAACCGUUUAAGGUCAUCUGCAUUUUCAUCUCAUUCUUCAGCAUUGAUUACAAGCUGGUUCAGAAAGUCUGUCCGGACUAUAACUUCCAGAAUGAGAAUCCCUACUUUGGCUGA